AUGAUAGGUCUGUGCGUUGCGUUGGGCGCUGUCCUCGCGAGUGUCGUGCAGGCGCAGGAGCAGUAUCCGAACGGCGUCGGGUAUCCGCACAACUACACCGGGAUCCCCUCCGGUGACUACAGCCCGGAGUGGCAGGAUUACUUCCAGGUUACUGAGCAGCCCCCGAACGUCACUUGGACUCUCGGGAGGAACUGGGCGGGGAACAUCGGCGUGCAGCGGGCGGGACACCCGAAUAACACGCUGUUCUUCUGGGCGUUCGAGAAAACGAAUGGCUCGCUGACUGCGGCGGCGGGAGAGAACAGCGACGUCCCGUGGGGCAUCUGGCUGAACGGAGGACCCGGAAGUUCCAGUCUGAUCGGCCUGCUAAUUGAGAACGGGCCUAUUCACAUUGCGAACGACUAUUCGGCCUAUGCGAACAAUUACAGCUGGGAUACGCUCGCUGACUACGUGUGGAUAGACCAGCCAGUUGGAACCGGGUAUUCGACUGUGGACUACGGAGCCUGGGUUGCUGACGAGGAUCAGAUGGGUGUCGACUUUUUUGGGUUUCUCGAGAACUUGGUAAAGGUCUUCCCGAGUCUUGCCACCCGGCCUCUGUACCUCACGGGCGAGAGUUACUGCGGGACGUACAUACCCUACAUCACGAAGACGUACUUCAACAUGGAGAAUCCUCCAGUGAAGCUGGCCAAGAUUGCUAUUGGCGACGGAACAAUCGGGAGUGGGGUGGUGUUCGAGCUCCUUCCGACUGUCACGACGAUCGAGACGUAUCCGCAACUUAUCGGUUAUGACCCGGAGGUGUAUCAGUACUUCAAAGAACAGGAACACUUAUGCGGCUACGACCUUAAUCUGACAUACCCGCAGAACGGUCACUUCCCAACGCUCAACUAUACUCAGGGCGCGUACGAGGGCUCUCCCAUGCGUACCAAGUCCGGCCGUCUCGGCCGACAAAGUCUCCUGGAGGUCGUCAAGGAGCGGUAUGCCGCAAGCGAGAGCAAGAGCCUGCAUAAGCGCGACAGAGAGCUGCGGCGCGAACUGUGGAAGAUGGAGAAGCGGGACCUGAGCGGGCGGGCGAACGGGACGAUCGAUUCGUGGUAUGGGUGUGAUAUUUAUGACGAGCUGUUGGAUUAUGCAGUCAAUUUUACGUUCCCAUGGUCUGCUGGGAAGGAUUUCGACGUCUACGACAUCCCCGAUGCGUUGAGCCCAGAGGCACCUCAGGAUGGUAGUGUUUUCCUGAAUGAUAACCGAACUCGCGCUGCGAUCCAUGCCCCUACGAGCAAGGAUUGGGUUGAGAGCAUUUACUACAACUUCACUGGCGGGCAAGACGGCAAUGAUCCUAGUGUCGAGCCCAUGGCGUUCCUUACAGAUCUGGCGACCAACGCCACGGCGAAGAAUGUCUCGGUUGUGAUUUAUUCCGGAAAUGAUGACUCGUUAGUCGCUCAUCGAGGCUCAGAAGUUGUAAUUCAGAACACGACUUUUGGCGGAAUUCAAGGUUUCACCAGGAAGCCGUCUACUCCCUGGUAUGAUGACGCGGGUAACUUUGCCGGUAUCGCGCAUCAGGAGCGGAAUUGGUCGUACAUCCUCUUCAAAGGCGCUGGCCAUCUGGUUGCCGCUCAGCAGCCUGAACUGGCGUACGUCUUCCUCCGCGAGUUCGUUCUUGGGAACAACCACACAGGCUUGGUCGAGUCUGGUUCGAACGUAGUCGGCGGAGAGGUCGCGUCGCUUGCAGGUGAUUACUACCCAGGAGGCUCCGAGAUCUAUUACGGUUCCGGAACGACUCAGAGCACGUAUGUUGCCCCGAGUGCCACCAUCGCGGCUUGGGAGAGCUUCAUACAGACUGCCGACCCGAUUACGACUGCUGCCGGCGCUGCAAAGACUGCGGCAAAGCAGAACUCAGCUGCGCGAGUGGGUGUUGCGUUGGGGAGCUUGGGGGUUGGGGUUGUAUUCACGAUCGCGCUGUUGCGCUAGCGGGACUUCAAAAUCACAUGUUCCACAUGAGACGGACUUCCUCGACGGGCUAAAUAUAAAGUUGAGCGGACGUGUCGCGCAGUAAGGCUUCUGCGGCGAACAUGUACAUUGUAGGUAGGCUGGCAAUAGCUCUCCGUGUACUCUAGCAAUUCGAGUCAGUGCGGCUCUGCGAUUGU